UCCUCCCUCCUAAAGGAGCUCAGAACUCACCACAAAGAGAGAGAGAUGCUUAUUUCAAGUCUUCAGGAGCAGAGGGCAGAGGCGGAGCAGCGAGCAAGACGAAAGAAUCCUCCUCUUGUGCUCCUCCAACACACAGUGCUCAGCUCAGUGGGAGAGCAGACACGUCGCACGCUGAGAGACCCCGCGAAGGCAACGCAAGAGACCCGAUUCCAUUCUUGACAACCCCUACCAAUCCUUGCUGCCCAUCGAGCCCGGCCGAGCAAGCAACCGCCGACCUCGCCGUCCUCGCCGGCGUGCGCGCGGGGGUUAAGUAAGUAACCACGCCCGCGCUCCAUGGCCGUGCCACCAUGCCCCACGCCCCACGCAACGUGGACCGCACGCCGCCCGCCUGCUCUAAUGCCCGCGCCCCUCGCUACCACGCCUUCCUCCUUCGCUUCCUCCCGCUGCUGCUGUCGUCGCUUGCUUCAACUUCAAGCUCCUCGUCGCGCUUCCGGGAGAUGGAGGUGAUGGCGCCGCGGCGGAAGUCCGGCGACUGGCACCGCCGGAUUUUGCUGCUCCUCUGUUGCUGCCUCCUCGCCUUCCCCUGCCACGGAACAGUCACGAACGUCUCCCGGUCUGAUAAGAAAGCCAUGCAGUCGUUCGUGGGGACUUACGGGAUCAACUACGGCCGUGUCGCCGACAACCUGCCGGAGCCGGCGUUGGUGGUGAAGCUGCUGAAGUUGGCGCGGAUCAGGAACGUGAAGAUUUACGACGCCAACCACAGCGUGCUGGACGCGUUCCGGGGGUCUGGGCUCAACCUCGUGGUGACCAUCCCCAACGAGCUCCUCAAGGACAUGGCUGCCAACCCGAGCAAGGCCAUGGACUGGAUCAACGAGAACGUGCAGCCUUACUACCUAUCCGCGGGCAUCGUCGGCGUCACCGUCGGCAACGAGAUUCUCGGCGGGCAGGACACGGGCAUCGCCGAGGCGCUCGUCGGCGCCAUCGUCAACGUGCACGAUGCGCUGAAGAUGCUCCGGCUCGCCGACAGGAUCGAGGUCUCCACGCCGCACUCGGAGGCUGUCUUCGCCACCUCCUACCCGCCGUCCGCCUGCGUCUUCAAAGACGACCUCAUGGUGUACCUCCGCCCGCUGCUCGACUUCUUCUCCAAGACCGGCGCGCCGUUCUACGUCAACGCCUACCCGUUCCUCGCGUACAUGAGCGACCCGGAGCACAUCGACAUCAACUACGCGCUCUUCAAGCGCAACGCCGGCAUCGUCGACCCGAAGACCGGCCUGCACUACGACAACAUGUUCGAGGCCCAGUUCGACGCCGCCUACUUCGCGCUCGAGGCCGCGGGUUACUCGGCCAUGGAAGUGCGCGUGGCGGAGACCGGCUGGGCGUCCGCUGGCGACGCCACUGAGGCCGGCGCCAACAUGGAGAACGCCGUGACGUACCACCGCAACCUCAGGAAGCGGCUGUUCCUCAGGAAGGGGACGCCGUACAGGCCGGACAGGGUGGCCAAGGCGUUUAUCUUCGCGCUCUUCAACGAGAACCUCAAGCCCGGGCCCACCACCGAGCGACACUACGGUCUCUACAAGCCCGACGGCAGCGUCUCUAUUAAUAUCGGACUCAAGGGCCUCCUGCCGUCCUCCGCGCCGCCGCCACCGCUGUCUCUCACGCCGUUGUUCAAGAGAGUUCGAGCAUGGGGGUGGAUAGUACAGUACUCGGCUGCGCUUCUUCCAUGCACAUUGGUUUUUCUAGCUUUGGCGACCUGAUCGCAGAUUAGCACGCAUGCAUGUAAAGUGUAUAGUGCACUCAUGGCGCUCAUGAAGAGCUAACUGCUCCAGGCUGAGGCUGGACAAGUGCAUGCAGUUUAUUAACACAGAUUCUUGCGAUCGAGCUUCAUAGAAAAUUGUGGUAUCGGAAUUCAAGGAAUGUUUCACAUCAGGCUUCA